UCCUGCGGACGGCGCCCGCGCAGCGCUCAGUCGCGCUGCCUGUCGCGGGUCCGCGCGGCUGACCCGCCUCCCCGGGAUCCCGCCGCCCCGCCUGCCGCCCCUGGCCCGCUCCCAGCCCGGUUCCCGGUCCCAGCGCAGCGCACGCCACCCCCGCCGUAGCCAUGUCCAAGCAGCCGCGGGCCGGCCGGGAGGAGAUCCUGGAGUGCCAGGUGAUGUGGGAGCCUGACAGCAAGAAGAACACGCAGAUGGACCGCUUCCGGGCGGCCGCGGGCGCCGCCAGCGGCCUGGCGCUGGAAAAUUAUGAUGACUUAUACCACUGGUCAGUUGAAUCGUAUCCAGACUUCUGGGCAGAGUUCUGGAAAUUCAGUGGAAUUGUCUUCUCACGCAUGUAUGAUGAGGUCGUGGACACGUCGAAAGGCAUCGCAGAUGUCCCCGAGUGGUUCAAAGGCAGUCGUCUAAACUACGCGGAAAACCUCCUGCGGCACAAAGAGAAUGACCGAGUUGCCCUAUACGCUGCGAGGGAAGGCAGAGAGGAAAUCAUGAAGGUGACAUUUGAAGAGUUGAGGCAACAAGUGGCUUUGUUUGCAGCAGCAAUGAGGAAAAUGGGUGUGAAACAAGGAGACCGGGUGGUCGGUUAUUUACCCAACGGCGUGCAUGCUGUGGAGGCCAUGCUGGCCGCAGCGAGCAUCGGCGCCAUCUGGAGUUCCACAUCCCCAGACUUCGGUGUGAACGGCGUCCUGGACCGCUUUUCUCAAAUCCAGCCGAUGCUCAUCUUCUCCGUGGAGGCCGUCGUGUACAACGGCAAAGAGUACAGCCACAUGGACAAGUUGCAGCAGGUGGUGAAAGGACUUCCGGACUUGAAGAAGGUGGUGCUGAUUCCUUACGUUGCCUUGAAAGAGAAGAUAGACAUUUCCAAGAUUCCAAAUAGCGUGUUCCUGGAUGAUUUUCUUGCCACCGGGAAAGGUGUGCAGGCCCCGCAGCUGGAGUUCGAGCAGCUGCCCUUCAGCCACCCGCUUUUCAUCAUGUUCUCGUCGGGCACGACCGGGGCGCCCAAGUGCAUGGUGCAUUCCGCUGGGGGCACCCUUAUCCAGCACCUGAAGGAACAUAUCCUUCACGGCAACAUGGGCAGCGGCGACAUCUUGCUGUAUUACACCACGGUCGGCUGGAUGAUGUGGAACUGGAUGGUGUCGGCUCUUGCGACGGGGGCGGCUGUGGUCUUGUACGACGGCUCCCCGCUGGUGCCCACGCCCAACGUGCUCUGGGACCUGGUUGACAGGAUAGGCAUCACCAUCCUUGGAACGGGUGCCAAGUGGCUGGCCGUCCUUGAAGAGAAACAGUUGAAGCCAGUGGAAACCCACAGUCUCCAGACACUUCACACGAUCCUGUCCACUGGCUCCCCUCUGAAAGCUGAGAGCUAUGACUACGUCUACAAGUGCAUUAAGAGCAGCGUCCUCCUGGGCUCCAUCUCAGGGGGCACUGACAUCAUCUCUUGCUUCAUGGGCCAGAAUUUUUCUGUUCCUGUCUAUAGAGGGGAGAUUCAGGCCCGGAACCUGGGCAUGGCCGUCGAAGCCUGGAACGAGGAAGGAAAGGCAGUGUGGGGGGAGAGCGGCGAGCUGGUGUGCACCAAGCCGGUCCCCUGCCAGCCCACGCACUUCUGGAACGAUGAGAAUGGGAGCAAGUACAGGAAGGCCUAUUUCUCCAGAUUCCCAGGUGUCUGGGCGCAUGGCGACUUCUGCAGAAUCAACCCCAAGACGGGGGGCAUCAGCAUGCUGGGCCGGAGCGAUGGCACACUCAACCCCAACGGAGUGCGAUUUGGCAGCUCAGAAAUCUAUAACAUUGUACACCCUCAAUGGCAAGAAAGUGGAAGUGGCCGUGAAGCAGAUCAUCGCUGGAAAAGCCGUGGAGCACCGAGGGGCCUUCUCGAACCCCGAGGCCCUAGAUUUGUACCGGGACAUCCCCGAGCUACAGGACUUCUGAGUCGGCCCGGCUUGCUUGGCACCUGCCACAUGCGUCUGUGCUGUGACUUUCGUGGGGUCGAGACGUUACUUUGGGAAGGCAAGUGUCUGCGGGCUGGGGGAAGAGUCGUGUCUGGGCCGCAGUCGCGUCUGGUGGCUUCCCUACCUCUUCCUGGACCAUGUCCUGACCUUCAGAGGCCGAAAAGGAGCAUUUGGUUGUGUGUGUGGCGAGGCUUGGAGAGUGUGUGUCUUUGCACAAGUGUUCUUGCAUGCUCCAUGCCUCGAGGAGCCGGGGGUGGCCUGUGCGUGGACGGUUGUGGCUGAUAGCCAUGGUCACGGCCGCGCUUCCCUCUCUGGCAGCGGCGCCCCUCUGAGGAGCCGUCCUGCCUUCAGCCUUGUGCCUGUCAUCCCCUUUACUGUCUUCAGGUGUAAAUCUGUGUCUCCCUCUUACGUGGGUCUCCUGGCUCUGUCCCUCAGGGCCUGGCCGUCCACUGUGACACGUGGCCUGGUCCCCGGGUGGCCCACCACUCCUGCAGGUCCUGGGGCAGCUGCGUGUCGCGCCCACCCAACCCCGCCGCUGGCCAGCAGAGGCUCUCGCGGGACCACACGUGGCUUUCGUGCUUCAACGGGGUUUCCUUACUUCAUGGACUUCGAGUGGUUUAAAAAUAUUGUAAAGUUUGUUAUCUGGUGUGUGUGGGUGUUAGACAACUGGACGUCUGCCCUACGGGGUGGCCUCGCUCUCGGGGCGCCCUUGUUCUUGGGGUGCCAGCAGGCCGCCCGGACAGCAGGCACGGGUCCUCCCGCGUCGCAGCCGCCUGGCCGCGGGGGACACGGCCUUGCUGCUCCUCCCCCCGGGGGCUCUCGGGACCUCGCGUGGAAGCGGUGUUCCCAGCAGCUGUAAAUCGAGUCACAGGUUCAUUCGCUGGGCAGUUCGUGUGUGUUCUCAGUCCAGCACGUUAACGAGUUCCUGUAAUCCUGAUGUCGUUUUUGUAUUUUUAAAAACAGCACAAUGAAAACCUGUUUUGAAUCCCUUUUCUUCUGGAUUAUAAAAAUAGGGGGAAGGCGCUAGGGGGAAUUUAUGCAAUAAACGUCUCUUUGUA